AUGACUUUCUGCGAUUUCUGCAGAGGUCGAAAAGAGGUUGUUCAUACCGAGCCUGGACUAUAUAAUAUUCCAUCAACAAUAGGUUCAGGUCCUAAGUAUUCAAUGAAAUCUAGACAUGAAGAACCAAAACCACAAUACUCGCCAAAAUACAACCAACUGCCAUCAACAUUAUCAAGUAAAGGUGUUAGGUUACAAAGUAAAGACACAGUUGGCUUUUCAAGAUCACUUGGUGCUUAUGAUAAUUCUUCGCCACAACUCGUAAACUUACCUUCAACAAUUGGCCAAGGUCCAAAAAUCGCGAUACAUGAAAAACAUAAAGAAAAACACGAUCAUACGCCUGGUCCAGGAUCAUAUGAUCCUAAAAUCAUUGAUAAAUCUCCAGCAUAUCCAAUUGGAGUUGGAAAAAGAUAUGAUAUAUCGGAUGGUAAUAUGAUUGUUCCUCCUGGAACUUAUGAUAUCCCGUCAACAAUUAAAGCACGCCCAGCAACACAGCAAACAAAUAGGAAACAAACAAGGAGAACUAAAUUUCAGAAGAAACAGCAUCCUGGCCCUAUCUAUAAUGUUGAAAGACCGAUUGGAUCAGAUGCAAGGAAAUCUUCUUUUUCAAAAGCCCCACGAGAUUUUCCAAUUCCUCAGAGUCCUGGACCAGGUGACUAUGAUAUUCCAUCUGAGUUCGGAUUUUCAGGUAAAAACCUCUCUAGAAUCAGGACUACAAUGCAUAUUCGUCCAAAAGAAUCUAAAUCCCAUACAACUAAUGCACCUUAUUAUGAUAUAGGAACAACAAUUAAGCCAAGACCAAAGUCUAUGGCCCAUAGACCAGAAGUUAAUUACGAAACACCAUCACCAGGUCCAUGUUAUGAUAUUCCAUCUUCAAUUUCACCCAGAAAAAUUAGUAUUGGACAGAAAUAUGAAUUUAAAGAUCCAAGAGCAGAAAAUCCAAGCCCAGAUGCUUACUUCAGAUCCGAUAUGCCUGUCGAUGAGAGUGAAGAUGUUGUUUCACCUCUUGAUGGUCCAUAUAACAGAGAUAUCAUUAAUUACCGUGAAAUAAGUAGUUUACCAGGUCCUGCAGACUAUAAUAUCAAAGAUGGAAAAGACUUAGCAAGCAGUCGCAAAGGAUCAAAGAUCAAAAAUAGGAGCUAUGACUCAAGAGAUAUCCCAGAUACAGCUGUACCAUAUAGAGAUUUAGGUUCAACCCUUGGAGGUCCUGCUUAUACCAUUGGCAUUCGCGAUUUUUAA